AUGAAGACCAGCAGGCUUGUCCUCCUCUUUUUGGUGGGGCUCCUCACCAUCUGGGCUGAGCUGCCCUCUGCAAAUGGGAAAAAAGAUAUUUGCCGCCUGCCGAAAGUGGUAGGACCCUGCACAGCCGCAUUCCCCCGUUGGUUCUUCAACUGGGCUUCCCGGAAAUGUGAAGCAUUUACUUACGGAGGGUGUGGAGGAAAUGAGAACAACUUCAAGACUCUGAAAGAGUGCCAGCAUGCCUGCGGCCGUCAUGCGCGUCCCUCGAGAGCGGUCGGCCAAUGUCCCAAGCCUCAGGGUAAUGGGCCCUGCGUGGAAUUGUGCGCAAGUGAUAAAUCUUGUGGUCCAGGAGAGAAAUGCUGCAGCAACGGAUGUGGCCAUGUCUGCACCAAGGUCUCUGGAGGAUCACGUUAACUGUACUCCAGGGAAGAUGAACCAUUGGCCACCUCCUUUUCUUGGCAGAUGCACAUGGCAUGUUAUAAUGCAAGCAGCGUACUCUUGCAAUGAGGAGGCUCACUCAAUAAAGCUUGUUAUCUGAA